CCACUGUGAUCAUUACAAUUUAUUCUUCCUUUCCUUUCCUCUCCUCCACCGUGCCCUAUCCAUACCCAUACCCCCUCCCCUGCAAGGCGAAGCAGUUUGCAGAAAGAUCAUUGAGAAUAAAGGAGAGCAAUUUUCACCAACUUUCCAAAGGCACAUCAUGGUUUUAAAUGCAAGUUUUUAUUUUACUGUGAUUUUUUAAUAUAUAUAUUACAAAUUGUAGCUUACAAUGAAACCUACUGCUUGAUUAAUCAAAAAAAUGUUUUUAAUGAGCUCUGCAAGUUUUACUUCAUAGGACUUAUCUUAGAAUGGCAUUUUGCUCAGCUCUAGACAGCUUAUUUUAUAGGACAAGUCUUAGGACAACAUUAAUGAAGGUCCAGUGACUUUUUUUUUCCAUUCCACAAAUAUUUCCAAUUUGUCUGCACCAAUCAGGAUAGAAUUUCUCCCCCUAACCCAGCACAAUAUUGCUGGCUGGUGGAUUUAGGAAAAAUGAGCUACCUAUCUAUCAUGGUUUCUAUCAUUUCCUUCACACUUUAGAGAUAUUAUCCACCCUAAAUGAGGAAGAUACUUAAAGGUUGCUGUUAUGCGCACACACACGCACAGACAAACACACGCACACACACACGCAUGUACACACACAAAGUGCUUGUUUUUUGCUGGAUAGAAAAUAAUUAUUGGUGCAACAGCCUGUGAGUUCUCCAUAUUAUAUUGUUUCUUUAGCUUCAGGAGGCAUCUUUUAGCUGCCAUUAUCUGCACCAUUAUCAAUAAAGAUAAGAAAGGCACUGGAAUUAAUAUUCCAAAAAGAACAAAAUACCAAGACCAUAUUUUGUUAUUCAGAUGCUGCAUGUGCAACCUUUGCCACAGAAUUUAAGAACACAGCUUUAAGAACAUCACUGGGUCUUUUGAUCCUGGCAGCAAUCCAGAAUAAAUAGGAACAUAUCAACAGUCAAACUCUAUCAAAUAUAUAUAUACAAUACACUCAUAAACACACACACAAAACCAUAUUUAAUCAAUACAACAUAUAUUUAAUUGAUAUGCUAAUCUUGAUACUGUCCACAGCUAAUUAGUCCAAAGGCUCUCCAGAGAAGCUAGAUUUCUUUUCCACUUCUAAAAAUCCAUGAGAAGUUUGAGAAGAGAGAGAGAGAGGGAGGGAGGGAGAAAACUGUGGGGAAGGAAGAAAGAAAGCAUUUCUUUUUUUUCCCUUUUUUAAAAAUAGCAACCAAUAAGAUCUGAGCAAGUGGAGGAGACCCCAGAGGAGAGGAUAUGGAAUGGAUUAUUGUUACUUGCUUACUCAAAUAAGUAAGCAUUAUUCUAACUGCAGAGCCCAAUAGCACAUUUUGCUUGCUGGUAUUGAAUCCCACACAGUCAAAUGCGAAAUAAUAAAAUAAACUCAUCAUCAGGCAGAUUACAGAUGUCAACUCUUUAGUCCACAAUCAGCACCACAUUUGCAGAUCAUCAUUCUGGGAGACCGCAUUUGUUUCCACUCAGAAACGCUGAAACCCAAACUGGGCUGUCUCUGUUUAAGGUUCCUGUUCCUUUUUUAGCAGCGGUUGCCUAAGGAAGGCUGAGGAGCGUUCUUCCUACCUACUUAGGCGGGGUUGCUCUUAGCUAUUCGAGCACGUGGUUGAGGAGGGUCUUUUCUCAGCAGUAAGGACUGGAAGUGUCUCUGGAUUCCUUUCACACCCAUUGCAAGGUCUCCGUCUCCUUCCCCACCCCUUCAGUCCACCCCUUACAUCCGACAAGAAAGGGACAUGCACAAGGCUCUGCAGGAAGAUGACCAACAGGCCUCAGAAGACAGCUGGUGCCGAGUUCUCACUAGGAGGCCCUCCUUUAGCCAGCCACUCUUCCCAACCUCAUUGGUGUCCCUGGAGGAGUCAGAAACCCCUACAGGGUCUUCAGAGUGCUCCAAAGGUUCCCGACGUCCAUCCCUGAGACCUCUAGGGAACAGUCGUGAUGAGACCUCCAGGUUACGGCAGCUGUCAUUGGUUACCUCUUCCAGUCCUUGUGACGCCACCACCACCACCAAUGGCAGUAUCAAAUCGUGUAGCGGCCAUGUACCAAAGCAGGUCUUCCCUUGGAUGAAGGAAACAAGACACAGUGCCAAGCAGAAGACCAACCUUCCUUUUUCAGGCAGCAGCUCCCCGUCAAGUUUCGCCUCUUCCAAGAGAAUUCGCACAGCCUACACCCAAACGCAGCUGGUGGAACUGGAAAAGGAGUUUCAUUUUAACAGGUACCUCUGCCGGCCCCGCCGACUGGAAAUGGCCCAGCUUCUGAGGCUCUCUGAGAGGCAAAUCAAGAUUUGGUUUCAGAACAGACGAAUGAAGUACAAGAAAGACAGCAGGAUCAAGGGCACCAUCUUGGCAUCGCCCAAUAACCCCUUUGAAGUGGGUGACUAUUAUGGGCACAUGGAGGCUGACUACGAGAUAGCGCCACCAAAUUCCUGCAGCAAAUCCUUGGAAGAGAUUGACAGUUCAGCAGGGUACACAGCUCCCCUCUGUAGCAGCCCUGUGACUUCAAUCUCUUUGGACUAUGGCCCUUUCUUUGGACCGGGAGAAAGCCAUCCUUAUGGACUUCCAGUUCUGCAAGGGAGCCCAAGAGCGAUGGGAGAAAAUUACCUGGGAAAUGUGCCUGGGGCUGACUCUUUCUUCAGCUACCCUGAUUACUCCUCUAGAAACCUGGAGUACAGCUGUGCUGCUGAAAUCCCAAGCCAUCCCCAGCUUGGGCCAUCCAACUCGUAUCCCAUUUACACAGAUUUAACCACACAUCCUGUGCCUCAGGGAGAUUCUCAGGGACCUGUAAAUCUUAUGCAUUUGUGAGAGCUGCCUGGACGGAAGCAGAGCAGGGGAAAUUGCUACGGUCCUAUUAUCUCAUUAAAACAAAUACCUCUAAGUACAACCAACAGUAUUCUUCCCUUCCUCCCUACCCACCCAUUACCUCCUAUUUAUUUAACUGUAUUGAAGUAAAAUUUAUUGGCUGGGGAAAGGUAAAAGCCACUGUUGGAUGUUUUACUCAAGGAAAGACCAGUCUGAUUAAUAAUAAUAAUAA